GCCUCACACUCUGUCCUCUCUGUCUCUCUCUCUCUCUCUCUCUCUCUUCCAUCUUCUACCUCUCUGUCUCUCUGCGAUAGUUGUCACCAAUCAGCCAUGAAUGGCAGCAAAGAAAAGCUCGUGGUAGGGGUGGUAGCAGCGCACAACCUCAUGCCCAAAGAUGGCGAAGGUUCAUCUUCACCGUUUGUAGAAGUUGAGUUCGAGAACCAGAGGCUCCGGACUCAAGUCAGAUACAAAGACCUCAACCCCAUUUGGAAUGAAAAGCUUGUCUUCCACGUCAAAGACGUCGCCGAUCUUCCGUACAGAACGGUGGAGAUCAACGUCUUCAACGAGAGGAGGUCGAGCAACAGCAGGAACUUUCUCGGGAAAGUCAGAGUCUCCGGUUCCAGCAUUGCCAAAGAAGGAGAGGAGGUUGUCCAACUCUACACCCUCGAUAAGAGAAGCCUUUUUUCGCAUAUCAGAGGUGAAAUAAGCUUGAAGCUUUAUCUUUCUGUGAAAGAAGAGGUUAAAGAUUUGCAAGACGAGGUUAAAGUUUCUUCUUCUUCUUCUGGGUUUUCCAAGAAGACGAAGAAGUUGCAAGGGCCAAGCUCAACCAUGGCUGCGAUGGCGCAGCACCAACUGGUUCAAGCAAACAAGCAAACACAGCAAGCGCAGAACCAUUCAAAGCCUUUCGAGCCAAACACAGGUGAGAUCAAUCCCGUUGUGGUCACUACAGGGCCUAGCCCCGCUCUUCCGGCCGUCACCGGCGUCGGCGUCCGCGUCGCUGGCGGCGGAAGCGGCGAGGUGACUAUGUACUCAAACAGGUCGAGCGAGUUCUCGCUCAAAGAGACUCGGCCGCAACUCGGGGGCGAGUCUUUGCAGAAAGACAAGACCAGCUCUACCUAUGACCUUGUCGAGCAAGUGCAGUACUUGUACGUUAAAGUUGUGAAAGCCCGAGAGGUUUCAUCGCUAUUUGGUAAUGCUGAGCUGGUGGCUGAAGUGAAGCUCGGAAACUACAGAGGAAUAACGAAGAGGGUGAGCUUGAGUAACCUGGAAUGGGACCAAGUCUUUGCUUUCUCAAAGGAUUCUAUUCAGUCGUCAAUGGUGGAGAUUAUAGUGAAGGAGAGCAACAGAGACGAUUUCUUAGGCCGUGUUUGGUUCGAUUUAAACGAGGUUCCGCGGCGGCUUCCGCCGGAUAGUCAGUUGGCUCCGCAGUGGUAUAGAAUGGACGACAAGAAAGGCGAGAAGGCAAAGGCGGAAGUAAUGGUUUCGAUAUGGUUCGGGACUCAGGCGGACGAGGCGUUCGCGGAAGCCUGGCAUUCCAAGGCGGCUAACGUGCAUUUCGACGGCCUAUGCACGAUCAAAUCGAAGGUUUAUCUCUCCCCAAAGCUCUGGUACUUGAGGGUAUCCGCCAUUGAAGCGCAAGACAUUGUUCUUGGGGAAAAAGGGUCGGCGAUGAUGAGGUUUCCGGAGCUUUCAGCCAAAGCCCAGGUGGGAAACCAGGUUCUGAAGACUAGGAUUGCUGCUGCCAGCGCGACCCGGAGCUUGUCGAAUCCUUUCUGGAACGAGGAAAUGGUGUUUGUGGUGGCAGAGCCGUUUGAGGAUUACCUGUUGCUUUCUAUUGAGGACCGCGUCGCGCCUGGGAGGGAGGAGGUUGUUGGGAGAAUUAUUCUUCCAGUGACGGCGAUCGAAAAGCGAAACGACGAGAAGCCGGUGACUUCCCGGUGGUUUAACCUCGACAAUCAUUUCGGGAAUGCAGGGGAGUCGAAGAUGGUUCGAGGAUUUGGUUCGAGGAUUCAUCUCCGUGUUUCUCUUGAUGGGGGUUACCACGUGCUUGAUGAGGCAACAAUGUAUAGCAGCGAUGUUAGGCCUACGGCCAAGCAGCUUUGGAAGCCCCACAUUGGUGUGCUUGAAAUGGGAAUUUUGGGUGCAACGGGGCUUAUGCCUAUGAAAAUCAAGGAAGGCAAAGGAGGGUCUACGGAUGCCUAUUGUGUUGCCAAGUAUGGGCAGAAAUGGGUGCGGACACGGACGGUGGUUGAUAACUUGUCACCCAAAUGGAACGAGCAGUACACUUGGGAAGUGUUUGAUCCUUGCACGGUGAUAGCAAUUGGGGUGUUUGAUAAUUCCCGGGUCGACAAGAACACAAGCAACAACGGCGGAGGAGGAGCUCGCGACACCCGGAUCGGGAAAGUCCGGAUUCGAUUGUCGACGCUUGAAUCGGAUCGAGUUUAUACUCAUUCGUACCCGCUUCUGAUGCUGCACUCUUCUGGUGUCAAGAAGAUGGGGGAGCUUCAUUUGGCGGUCCGGUUUUCGUGCUCGAACAUGGCGAAUAUGCUGCACAUGUACACAAUGCCAUUGCUGCCGAAGAUGCAUUAUGUGCAGCCGUUGGGUGUGAGUCAAUUGGAGAGCUUGAGGUACCGGGCUAUGAAUGUGGCGGCAUCCCGGCUUAGCCGCGCAGAGCCGCCGUUGGGCCGAGAGGUGGUGGAAUAUAUGCUUGAUCAUGACUCUCAUAUGUGGAGCAUGAGGAGGAGCAAGGCCAACUUUUUCCGCCUUAUGAAUGUUGUGUCUGGCCUUGUUGCCAUGGUCCGUUGGGUGGAGUUAAUGCGCAAUUGGCACAAGCCUGUUUACUCCACCUUGUUUGUGGUGUUCUUUCUAGUGCUUGUCAUGUUUCCGGAGCUCAUCAUUCCUACAAUAUUGCUUUACAUGGCCUUUUUGGGACUUUGGCGAUACAGGUCCCGACCCCGUCAUCCGCCCCACAUGGAUACCAGGCUUUCUCAUGCUGAGAGUGUUUAUCCUGAUGAAUUGGACGAGGAAUUUGAUUCUUUCCCGACAACUCGAAGCGCAGAGGUUAUUCGAAUGAGGUACGAUCGGCUGAGAAGUGUGGCGGGGAGGAUUCAAACUGUGGUUGGCGAUUUGGCAACACAAGGUGAACGUUUCCAGCAAUUGCUAAGUUGGCGAGAUCCAAGGGCCACAUUCUUAUUUGUGUUCUUUUGCUUGAUUGCUGCUGUUGGAUUCUACGUGGUGCCGAUUCGGGUUGUUGUGGCUUUGUGGGGGCUCUAUGUGCUGAGGCCGCCAAGGUUUAGGAGCAAGAUGCCUUCUCCAGCAUUGAAUUUCUUCAGGAGGCUGCCAACAAAUGCUGAUAGCUUGUUGUAGCCUGUUGGAGUGGGAUGAGUUUAUUGUUUAGGAUUAUUAGCGAUAGAUAGACGUGUGAUGAUAGUGGAAGGCCUUUUGUUUUGUGGUAUGGUGCCUUCCUCUUGUGUGUUAGGUCAGCUUGCUGUUAUUAUGUAAGGAAACUUUGUGCCUGCUCAAGAAGCAAAUUAUGCUUAAUAGAUGGGAUUUUAUAUACUCCAGUACUUAAAAUACCAUAAAUGGGAUUGGAUGGGAAUGGGGUGCAUUAUUCUUUAUAAAAUGAGGGCAAAUUGUAAUUUUACUUUUUGUUUGGACAAAUUUGCCCUCACAUAAUAAGGAAUCAGCUCAUAAGAAUCAGGGUGUUAAAAAAAAGGGGUAUGGUUGGGUACCAACCAGUUACCGGGAAAUUGAUUUUAAAACCAAUUGGAUAAAACCAAUAACAGGGUACUCCGGUCCGGUUACU